AUGGAUUUUAAAUCUCGAUUUAGAGGAAAAAUGACAGUGAUGAAUAAAGAUGGAGUUAUUGGAAUAAUGAAUAAACCUGCUUUUCCGAUUGAAACAAUCAAUUAAUUCUAUUAAGAAAAUAAUGAUGUUUCUCCUAAAAAAAAAUAAACAAAUUUAUUCACUGAAGAAAAUGGGGAAGCAAAAUCUAAAAUAUAUACAAAUAUUCAAAUUUCUCCAAAAUAAAGAAAUUAAACUAAAUAUUCUUAAAAAAGCUCUAAUACAGAGAAAUAAGUUAUUAAAUCUAUUCAAAAUGCAAUUGAUUAAUAAUCAUUUAUUGAGGACACAAAUAAAUUACAAAAAAAUUUAUAAUUAAAAAUACAUCCAGAUUUUAAAUAGAUAGAUAUGGAUGAUUAUGAAAUUAUUGCUAUUCCUAAAACUAUGUUACAUCAAUAAAUAAGUGUAGAUAGAUAUGCACUGACUCAUAGUUUAAAAAAAAAAUAAUUGCCUGAGUAUCAUUUAUUGAGUAUUUAGAUUUUAGCAUUUCUCACCAGAAGUGACUUCACAAUAUUCAUAAAAUAAUUAUAAUUCUAUAUUAAAGAAACAAUAUACAAUUAAUAUGACAACGAUUAAUCAAAAAUCACUUUUUAAUAAAUAGAAAUCUGAAAAGUUUGAUAAAACUAAAGAUAUCAUUUAAUAAGCAGGACUUAGUACUCUAAGAUACAAGUAAAUAGUAUAUUUUAUAAUAGUUCCUAAACAAAAAGAUGA